AAAUUUAAAUGACUGACAAAUAAAUAUUUACAAGAAAUUACUAAUAAAAACUAUUUAAUAAAGAAUUAUUUUGGAAAGAGUUUGUAAAAAGAUAAUAAUAUUUAAUUAAACAACACAAAAUAUGGGUCCACCCCCGAUCGUUACGGGCUUGUCACCGAAUGAAGGUCCACCAGGAACAAGAAUCAAAAUAAGGGGUGAACAUCUAGGAAAAUCGCCCCAAGAUCUAAUUGGGCUUACAAUUUGUGGCGUGGACUGCCUUUUAGCCGCAGAAUGGAAGUCCGAAAAUAAAAUUAUCGCAAUAUCCGGACCCAUAAAGGGAAAAGGCGAUGUUAUAGUAACGACAAAGUCAGGAGGAUUAGGAUCUUGUAACGUUACAUUUAAAGGGUAUCACAUUGCAACGAUUGGUCCUAUGAAAGAAAGUGCUGUAUGGGUUGACGAAACAGAUCUAUAUUCAUGGGGUCGACAUUCUUUGUCUCCCAGUAGUUAUCAACAAGAAGACCCAUUAGGAUUGUCAGUUGAGGACUCAGAAAAGAAAGUACCUGAAGAAGAUUUGUUAAAUUACUUUCCUAACAAAAGUGGGGAUAUUACAAGUAGUAAUUUUUCGCCUAGGUGGUUUUUGUUAGAAAAUCAUCAAACAACAAGCUUUAAUGACCUACAAGCUGGUCUAGUACAUUUACGAAGAAAAGUCCAAGGACAAAAAGAAGGGCAGUUAUCUUUUUUAAAGGCGAAUAUUAGCGCUGUAAUGGAUCAGAUAGAUACAUUAGUUAAUUUAAGAGAAAGUUACGAAACUGACUUACCUAAAUUUGGACAUGAACCGACUCUGAAGUUAGAAAAAGCCAUUAAAGAAUCGGAACACAAAGCUAGAAAAUUAUUUGAUGAAGUUUUGAGUCGGAAAGACCGAGCGGAGAAAACUAGAAACGCUUUAAAUGUGCUCUCCAGGUUUCGUUUUCUGUUCUGUCUGCCUUGUGUUAUAGACAGAAACGUAAAAAAAGGUGAUUAUGAUAUAGUGAUAAAUGAUUACAUUAGGGUUAAGAAUCUGUUUUAUAAAACCGAUGUACCGAUAUUUAAAAUGGCUUUGAACGAGGUGGAAAAAAGGAUAAUUGAUUUGCAGAAAAAAUUGCACGAAGAUCUACAAACGAUGCCUAUCACUGUUGAACAACAGAAACGUCUCAUAAGAUACCUAGUAAAUCUGGAGGCCCCAUUCGAAUGCGCCUGGGAUGCUAUCAAAGCACGCUCAGAUUACAUUAACAAAAAGUUUAAAUUAAUUCACAACUACCACAAGUCCUUGGAUAAACCCGACCCGAAAGCGAAAAACGGAAGCGCAUCGAAAUAUUCCAAAUAUAACAAAACCUCUAACGUCGACAUAACGAUAGUUCCAUCCAGCGUGAAUUUUACCGAAGAAAUAUGCCUCAGCAUCACAGAGACUUUUCCAGAUCUGUGGAAAAUCGGACAGGCAUACUUUUCCGGGGAACUUCAGGUUAAGGUCGAGCCAGGUCGUCAAGUAGAAUUUAAAUAUAUCGUUAUGAACGUUAUAGAGGUUUUCUGCAAGUGUAUACGGGCUAGUUUGAUACCAACCACUCUGGAUAAAACUGAUAGAAAUCAAAUUGGAACACUAACCCUUCCUGAACGCGACGAAAUUGCUGUUUACCUUCCAGAAUUAUUACAGUCUGUAAGAUCAACAUAUGCGUCCUUCAUCAAAUUAGACUUACCUAACGAAGCACUGGAUAUAAUAAGUCUUUUAUUAUUAGACUUGAGGAUACACUGUAUGAGUAUAAUGUUCCAACAAACCACCGAGCAAGUUAAACAGCUUACAGAAAAUUGGAGGGUUAACUAUAAUGGAAAAUACACAGGUGUUACCGAAUUACCUAUACAAUUUUUGAAUUUAAUUGAAAAUAUGAUCGAUGUAGUUAAAGAGAGUGUACUGUGUAUAGAGCAAAGAGAGGUAAGCUUAUUGGACAAUCAGACAGCAUAUAAAGAAAUGGAAAAACAGCUAAACAAUAUUUUAACUGCUUUUUAUAAUGUUUUAAACAAUUUAUCUUCUAGUGAAGAUUAUGAUGAAUGUCAAAAUGGUGUACCUGUUGUCUCUCAGUUAAUUGGUACCCCUGUAAGUUCUCACAAAACGGGGAGCAAAAGCGAUAUACCUAUAUGGGAACAUAGACUCUUAAUUUCAUUAUCCAAUUGUCUCUUUACUAAAGAAACUGUUUUAAAAAUGAUUGCUAACAAAUUCCAAGAGAGUGGUUUUCCACCGUUACACGGCUCUCUAAACCAUGCAAAAGCUAACUUAGAACAUCUAGAAAAAUCGAUUUUAGAUAAAUAUUUAGAACAGAAAAGCGAUCCGUUAGUCGGAACAAUUGAACCGUCGAUGUAUUUGGGUCGUUUCGACUGGCAUUUGACUGUACCCCCUUCAGACAUCAGGCCCUACAUUAAGGAAUGCAUAAAUAAUCUUAUAUGCGUCCAUUCUGAGAUUAUCCAUAUAUCGCCGUCGCUCUUAAACGCAGUGUUGCCGCAGGUGGUGGAAACAGUAGCUGAAGAAAUCUACAGGUUAAUGUCGUGCGUGCAGAAGUUUUCGCGAGAAGGUGCGGUGCAAGCUAGGGCGGAUAUAAGUGCUCUUCAGGAUAUUCUUGAAAGUUAUAGCACGGAAAAGGCUAGGAAAUAUUUUCAGGAAGCUCUGGAUGUUAUUCCGCCUUUGGACAGGACGGACAGUAUUAUUGUGGAGGAUAUAUUGAGGCAGUGUAAAGCCAGAAUGAAAAUACAGAUCCUUUGUUUAAGAAAAAAGAACUAAUAUUAUAUAUACAAUAUGUUUGAGAAUACUGAAUACAUUAAUAAAAUUUUUAUUUUAAAUUAA